GAGAUGACGGAUGAGGAAUCCGCCGCUCAACUCGACCUAUCUCCGCCAAAUUCAUAUUCUGCGGUUGUCAUAGGCGGUACUUUUGAUCGCUUACACGACGGCCACCGCGUCUUUCUCAAGGCUGCAGCAGUGUUGUCCCUAGAGCGAAUCGUAGUUGGUGUUUGCGAUGGCCUGAUGUUGACAAAGAAGAAGUAUGCCGAUCUAAUAGAGCCAAUUAAACAAAGAAUGCAAAAUGUUGAGGACUACAUUAAGAGCAUCAAGCCUGAGCUGGUUGUACAAGCCGAACCAAUUGUUGAUCCUUAUGGUCCUUCAAUCAUUGAUGAGAAUUUGGAGGCUAUUGUAGUCAG